AGACUAACUCAAACCAAAACCACAUAAUAAGAAAGAUUAUCUUAAAAGAGGUGUCAUGUUAAGAAAAAUUAGUUUGCAAAAACCGCUGUUGCAUAGUCAUUAUCGACACUUGGGUUGUAAAAAUAAGUUCUGACGUGGUUGGAAUGUGUCAGUGUUAUCCUGUCUCCGACCGUUUUGGCUCCUAAAUCCUAUAAAUUCCACUUUGCUUCUUACAGUGUCAUCACCAUCUAAUCCUAUGACCUAUCCAAUCUUCAUUCUUUCAUUCUUUUAACUCGCUGUCUUAAAAUUGCUCGUGCUCCCAAGAUUUCGAAGGACAAUGUUAAAACCGUGUGUUUCUGUUUGCUCAAACCUUAAAUUCGGAUUGGAUUUUUUUCCCCAUUGAUGUCUUGGUUCUCAGCAUUCGAGAUUUAUGGACACUGCUGAUAUGAACUUAAAGACAAUGGAAGUUACAGGUGGCUAAGGCUUGCCAAGUUCUAUGGCCUACUCUGAUAUCCGGGCAAUGUGUGUGGGAAGAUACAAUUGUGGCAGCUUAAGAUAUAAUUGGCAGAAAACAAGUAAGAGGGACUACUGCAGGAGCAUAACUUCUGUUAUGGAAUUUGAAUCAGAUUGGAUUAAGAACAGAAAAUCAUCUACUUACACUGCUCAUGUGAUUCGUUCUGCAACAUUAUUUAUGCCUUGGUCUUGUAGAAUCCCAAUUGGUGAAGGAUAUUAUGAAUUUCUUUAAUUAUUUGUACUCAGUAAGACAUUUUCACAUUGUUUGGUUGAUUGGUCAUCAACGAAAAUUCUCUACAUCUUCACGGUAUAUGAUAUGAAAAUGCCUAGUCUUGUAGCUGAAAAGAAGAGAUUUACAGAGGCAAAUAUGUAUUUUUCCAAUUCGGUCAAUCUUGAUAAACCAGCGCUUAUAAAAAGCAAUUAUUGUGUGAGGUCUGAGGCUAUGGAUGAUGAUGGUAGUAGUCCUAUCCUACCUGGCCUGCCUGAUGAUGUUGCAAAGCACUGCCUUGCACUUGUGCCUCGUUCUAACACCCCAGUUAUGGGUGGUGUAUGCAAGAAAUGGCGGAGUUUUGUUCGAAGCAAAGAAUUUAUAAUGGUGCGAAAAUUGGCUGGGAUGCUUGAGGAAUGGCUCUAUAUCUUAACAGCAGGUAGUAAAGGAAAAGGAAGCCACUGGGAGGUCAUGGAUUGUCAGGGUCAUAAUCGCCGGUCUCUUCCACCAAUGCCUGGUCCAGCGAAGGCUAAGUUUGGUGUAGUGGUUCUUAAUGGAAAGCUCCUGGUUAUGGCUGGUUGUUCAUCAAUUGAUGGAACUGCCGCUGUCUCAGCAGAGGUUUACCAAUAUGAUUCUUGCCUCAACAGCUGGAGCAGAUUGUCAAACAUGAACGUGGCUCGUUAUGACUUUGCUUGUGCUGAAGUCAAUGGUUUGGUUUAUGCUGUUGGAGGCUACGGUGCAGAAGGUGACAAUCUCUCCAGUGCUGAGGUAUAUGACCCAGAUACUGAUCAGUGGACACUGAUAGAGAGCCUUCGUCGCCCAAGAUGGGGUUGCUUUGCCUGUGGAUUUGAGGGGAAACUCUAUGUAAUGGGUGGAAGGUCAAGCUCUACAAUUGGAAAUUAUAAGUUUGUUGAUGUCUACAACCCUGGGAGGCAUGGGUGGUGUGAGAUGAAAAAUGGCUGUGUAAUGGUCACUGCUCAUGCAGUGGUGGGAACGAAGUUGUUCUGCAUGGAGUGGAAGAAUCAGAGGAAGUUAGCAAUAUUCAAUCCAGAGGACAAUUCAUGGAUAAAGGUACCAGUCCCUUUGACAGGGAGUUCAAGCAUUGGUUUUCGGUUUGGGAUAUUGGAUGGUAAGCUGUUGCUAUUCUCACUGGAGGAAGAACCUUCAUACAAGACUUUGUUGUAUGAUCCAAAUGCAGCCCUGGGUUCUGAGUGGCAGACAUCUGAUAUUAGACCAUCUGGUUUGUGCUUAUGCAGUGUAACUAUUAAGGCCUGAAUGGUUGCUUGGUUCUGAACUUGAGACCUUAACAGAGCUUUGAACCUUUGUUGUUUUACUAGGAUUUUGGUUAAAAGUGAUCACUGUCUCUAGGAUGAUGUAGUUACCUAUCAGAUGCUAAUUUAGUGCUUUUGCUUUUUACUGAUAGUGUUAUCAUGUCAUCCUGUGUAGCCCACCUGUAACCAUCAACUUUGAGCACCAUUAUUUCCAUUCCUUUUUCCUUUUUGGGUUCACUUUUGGUGAUGUUAGAAAGUGAUAACAUUAGAAUUUGGGACCGAAAUUGAUUCUUACUUUAAGCUGUGUGAAGUAAGAAAAUAAAUGUAUAAAAUAUUUUACGUUAACUAGAUAUUUAGUUACUAUAUUUGUUACAUAUUUCUGAAUUAAUGUUUGUACUUAUUUAUAUAGUCUUUAUAUCAAUAAUUUUGC